AUGUCGACAAUAACUGGUAAUAUAAAAAGUAUGACCAGUUCAUUGGAUGCCAAUGAAUUAAUACUUGAAAUACCUGUUUGGGUCAAUGGUAAACGUAAAUGGGUAACUGGCAUUACAAAAAAGACCACAUUUGACGAUCUUAUCUAUGCUCUGUUGGUACAAGCUGAGCUACUUAAAUCAUCCGAUAUAACAAAUUCAUCAUUGAAUAAUAUUACAGGUUAUGCCAUCGCUGAAUGUAUUCAAUCGACUUCUUCAUCUACCGAAUCAGUUAUCACUCAACGUAUCUUUAAAGGUCGUUCAAAAGUGAUCAAAGCAUACAAAACUUGGCACUUUGAUAAAUUACCAUUCACGAUUCUUCAUCUUAUAUCAACAUCAUCAGUGACAGAUAAUAAUAAUAAUAAUAAUCAUUCUUCAACAACAAAAUUUCGUUCAAAACUAUUUCGUCGUUUUUUAUCAUCAAAAGAAACUCAUCAUGAAGAAUUUAUUCAUCAAAAACUUUUAAAUAAUUAUCAAGAAAAUUUAAAUAUUCUUGAAAGACAAAAACGUUUACUUAAUUAUCUUGAUGAACAAAUUCAUCAAAUUGAAAAAUCUUCUUCAAAUAUAAAUACAAUUGUUAAUUUAAAUGAUGUAUCACAUUUAUUAUCAUCAAAACCAAUAAAACAAGAACAAUUAAUUUUAGCAACACAAUUAUGUAAUUCAAUAUUUAAUAUUCAAGAACAUAUUGAUGAAAAAACAAAUAUAUUAUAUGCUGUUGAACAAGCUAUAUCAAAUGAAUUAAAUCAUGUUUUACAUCAACAACAUUAUGAUACAUUACCAUUAAAUAUAAUUGAUAAUACAAAUUCAUCAAAUGAUUUAUUAACACUUAAAAAUUCUAUUUAUCGUAGUAGAGAAUUAUCUCGAAUACAAUCAAAAGAAAUGCAUGAUUUAGAUUUAUCAUUACGUGAAGCAGAAAUUUUAAUUGGAUCAAAAUAUGAUGAACUUAAAUAUCUUGAAUAUGAAACAUCAUCAAAUUCCAUUAUAAGAUCAAGAUCUCUUACACCAAGUAUAAAUUUAACACAAAAAUUAACUAUUGAUGAACAACGUCAACAACAACAAACAUCUUAUGAUACACUUGAACUUGCUUUUAAUUCAAUGAAAGAAGUUGAUGAAGAUUCAGGAAUUAAUUCAUUAACGAGUGAAGAUAGUAAUCAUCAUUCAAUGUCUAUGAUACAUCAAAAAAUGAAUACACAACUCGAAACACUUGUCUAG